GGUAUGUCAAAGCAGUAUUUAUAUCAACAAGCUGAACAGUUACUGCGAGUAGUCGUUUGUUCUCGUUCUCUUGAUUUAUGCAUUGAAUAAUGUAAAAGUUUCGUGUUGAUUGACAUUCAACAUUGGUCGAAGAGGGACACCUUCACCAUGACAUCCCCUGUGUCGAAGGAAUGCACUAUUUGUUCUAAACCACUGAAGAAUCGCUCCAGUAGGCUUUAUCACGAGCACUGCCAGAAUCCAAAAUUAAAACCAUUCAAGUGCCACACCUGUGAACGUACUUUCAGUUCGAAGUCUCAUAAGACGUUCCACGAGGAAAGUCACCAGGGUCGACGGCUUUCGUGCGACCGAUGCGACAAAACCUACCAACAUAAACGUGAUCUUGAUCUGCAUCUGCGAGAACAUGAUGCAAACGAGGUGCAUACAUGUAACAAGUGCCCGGAAAGUUUCACUACACCACAAGCACUGAUGAAACAUAGACGAAGCCAUAGUGAUAAAAUACGUUUCACUUGUGCGCAUUGUGAUUUAAGUUUUAGUUUAAAGGGCAAUUUAGUAAAACAUGUUAAAGUUUUGCACUCUAAAGAAAAACGAUACCCUUGUGGGCAGUGUGGUAAAUCGUUCUAUAGAAAUAACGCGUUGAAAUUUCAUAUGCUGAACCAUCAAGUUAGAAACUAUCAGUGUAGAACAUGUAAAAAAGAAUUCGUUGAUGCCAGGAAUCUAGAGAGACAUAUGAAAAUUCACUUAUCUCUGAAAGAAUUUCGAUGUGAUAUAUGCGGUAUUUCCAGUUCGAGAAAAGAUAAUAUCAUAAGGCAUGCUAAAAGCUUCCAUCCUGAAACGAACCCCUCGAACGUGGUUUUGCGAGGUACUUUGGGAGAUCAUUUGAAUGUAAUUAAACAAGAUGCCCAACUUAGUAUCAAAUCACCACAAGAAAUAGAACCGAGUGUAACAAAACCCGAUUCGAAUAGAGUUAGCGUAAUUCAAGUGAUUGGCGUACCAAAGCCUCUAGAAAUAAACAAUAUUAUCACAAAAGAACCGAUUACGCGGAAAGUUGAUCAAUCUUCUAAACCAACAUGUAAAGUCGAUCCUCUAGAAAUUUAUCGAAAAAUUUUGAAACCCAGUAUAGACGAUGACGAUGAGAAAAAUGAUGAUGAUGAUGAUGAUGAUGAAGAUGACGAUGACGUUUCCGAUAAAAAUCAGGAACUGCCAAGAACAAGUGUUUCUAGUGACGCGAGUAAACAUCAACCGCCGCCAGUGAUGCGAACAGGUGUAGCUACUGCCAAUACUAACAAUAGUAGCAGCAGCAAUAAUUUUGCUUCUAUAAAUAAUUUUUCUGAAGUUCAUUGGCGCAAGCGAACCUCACAGAUCUUUACGAACUCGACUAGAUGA